CUAAUCACUUCCCCCCUCACACCAGGAGCCCAGACACAAAUAGAGACUCAGUCUGUAGUGUCUCAGUCAGUCAGGACUUUAAUCUGGAUAACUCAGAGGAGCUGCUCCAACUCUGGAGACUAUAGUUUUGGGACAUGUAAUAAAGAGAACAUUUCAUUGCAGUUGUUCAACCACAGUAAGGUGUCCUAGCAUUGAUUGACAGUGCUCUGUCUGGACUGUAACUCCGUCUAGAGGAGGUGUCUGCUGAAGAACUUAGCGAAGUGAAAGGGACGUUCAUCCUGCAAGCUCCAUUUAUGUGGAUGUACUUUUUCUGUGAUUACAACUUCAGGAAGGUAUUUUAAACUCUUAGGUUUACUGACACUUUCUGUUGAUUCAGUCUACGACUCGAGGUGAUCUUUGCCUGUCUCUGUUCAGGCAUGACGGGACAGGAGAGGAGUGAGGAGAAGAGUGAGUGUGUAUCCCUGUCUCCGAUGAGGGAGGCUGUCCAUGCCCCACCUGAGUGUGAGAGGGUGUGUGUGUUUGGGACGGGGGACCUGGGGCGCUCUCUGGGCCUGCGUCUGCUGCAGGCGGGGUACGGGGUGGUGUUCGGCAGCCGACGGCCUCACAGCAGCAGCCGCCUACUCCACGGAGCACAGGUCCUGGGUCAUGCUGCAGCUGCCCAGUCAGCCCAUCUGAUCUGCAUCGCUGUCCAGAGAGAACACUAUGACUUCCUGGUACCACUGGCCAAUCAGCUUAAGGGGAAGGUGUUGGUGGAUGUCAGUAACAACUUGAGAAAGAAUCAGUACCCAGAGUCCAACGCAGAAUACCUGCAAAGUCUGGUCCCUGGAGCUGAGGUGGUUAAAGGCUUCAACACCCUGUCUGCCUGGAGUCUGCAGAAUGGACCUUCAGAUGCCAACAGACAGGUGUAUAUCUGCGGAGACAGUGUGGAGGCCAAGCAGGUGGUAAUGGCGGUAGCCACCAAACUGGGUCUCAGUGCCCUGGACCGGGGAUCUCUCUCAGUGGCCCGGGAGCUGGAGGACUUCCCCCUGCAGCUGUUCCCCCAGUGGAGGCUCCCCCUGCGCAUCGCCAUCGGCCUCAGCGCUGCCUUCUUUUUCUACCUGCUGAUCAGAGACAUCGUCUAUGCAUAUGCCACCCAGGGCAAAGACAUCUCCUUCAGAAUCAUGGUCUCACUGGCCAACAAGGUGUGUCCCAUCGUGUCUCUGAUCAUGCUGUCUCUCUGUUACCUGCCUGGUGUCCUGGCUUCCUUCCUGCAGCUCUACAGAGGCACCAAGUACAGGCGCUUCCCUGAUUGGCUGGAUCGCUGGAUGCUGUGCAGGAAACAGCUGGGUCUACUGUCGCUGGGGUUUGCCUUUCUGCACGUGCUCUAUACACUGAUCUUACCCAUACGGUACUAUCUGAUGUUCUGGGUCACUGAACACACUGUCUCUCUGAUCAGAGAGAACAGGACCACAAUGUUUGAUACCACAACGGCCUGGCGUGGCGACUCCUACUUGUCCCUGGGAAUUCUGGGAUUUGGCCUGUACGUCCUAUUGGGAAUCACAUCUCUUCCCUCCGUCAGUAACAUUCUCAGCUGGAGGGAGUUCAGCUUCAUACAGUCCAAGCUGGGUCACCUGACUCUGCUGUUGUGUACGGCUCACACCUACCUGUAUGGCUGGAACAGAUUCCUGAGUUCCUCCAUCUACAAGUGGUACACCCCACCGGGCUACAUGCUGUGUCUGGUGCUUCCCUCUGUGGUGCUGCUGCUCAAGCUGCUGCUCAUCACCCCCUGUGUGGACCACACCAUCACCCGCAUACGCCAGGGAUGGGAGAGGGGGGGCAGAUCAGAGGAACCCUAAAGACAGCCAACCACUGAUACCUUAGAGAACACACACACACAGACACACAGACACACAGACAAAAUAACACCCUCAGUGUGAUGAUAGAUUUGUCUUCAAGGCAUGAACUCUUGUUUCUUUGUUCUGGCUAUUUCACCCUCAGAGGUUGGCUACCAUUCAAUCGUUUGCCAUGUUUCUGGGAUCAAAAACUAACAAUAUCAUUUAAUUGAUAUGCAGUUGUAUUUCUUUUUGUAUUACACUAAACAUUGUUGCAUUUUAAUGGAUAUAUUUUCAACCGCACGAAAACCAGACACUAGUUCUCUCUUAUGUAAAUAGAAUGGUGUAAGCUCUCUCUCUCAUAUUCUCUUACUGUAUAUCCUCUCUUUGACUGUAUAGUUAUCCCCAGAUGAAACAGGUUUGAGACGCAUCUAAGUUUAUAUUUAUAUUCAAUUUAUAUUUUGUGUCGGAGGCCUCAUUGACUGGCCCAAGAAAUAAUGGGGUGAGCCUCGUCAUUGAAAAUCUUGAUCCUGAAGUGCUGCAGCAGGUCACUUCUCCAGACUCUGUUCUAACAAGGCUGGACAUUUUUUUUUCAUCUCAAAGGAGAAGAUUCGUGAUUGCUGCUUCAUUUGAUCUUCCCUCCUUCAUAAUGGGGGUGGGUCAGGAAGCCUCUUUUCACAAUGUUCCAUCAAGAGCGUCUGCUACUUCUCCAGGGGCAGGUCAGACACAAAAACUCAGUGUGAUGCUCUCUGGGGCAGAGUGUUGUCAUUUCCUCCAGAAAACAGACAGCAUUGAGCUCAUCACCGUGCACUUUCACCACCCUGUGAAGUUUGUCAUAACUUAUUUCAUCUGUAGACAAACUGCAUGCUUUCCCGAGUCGUAAUGGGAGGACCACACACACUGUCAUUGUGUGACUCCAUGUUUACUUCGAUAUAAUAAACAUAUCAAUAUUUGCACAUAAAGGUGUUUCCACCUGCUGUUGUCAUCAGGCCUGUCAUGACAUUUAUCUGACAGUUCACACACAUAAAAAAAGGUUGGAUGGAAACCUGGUUUAUGAGGAAACUAAAACUGCACAGGUGAAUAAUGCAGGCUAUUUAAAAUGGACCAUACCAUUUAAAUGUACCCUUAAAUUUGUUAAUGCUCAAAUAAAGUUUCCACAUUGUAAAUGUUC